GGGAGGAUCAUGCGAGGACCGGCGCUAGCACCAGAACGGUACUAGCUCCAGCUCGUAGCUUCCGGGAGGACCCAACGCCAGGCCCCAGACAAGUCGCGGCUUCCCUUAAACUGAAGAGGGAUCCAUAUCGCGUUUUCUCCACUAAAACGGCGACACGCUGCUGAAAGACCAGCGCCCAUCGCCUACUGCGACGCGUCGGCUUCUUUUGGACCCUGCAGAUCAGAUCCGCCACUGCUGUCGCUGCUGAUGCCGAUGCACGAUCCCACAGCCAUGACAUGACCUUUGCCCUGGGAGUCCAUAUUCCCCAAGCAUUCUCGCAAUCAAUCACAUCAUGGCGACUCCUAGCAGGGUGAAGACCACGGCUCAGAGCAGCGCCCUUCUUCUGGACAAGCUGUCGGCCGUCCUGCCCAGGGGCUACCGCUUCGGCGUCUACCACCUCUCGACUCCGCCCACCAAGACCGACGCUCUCUACUCGGCGCCGCCAGAGGAACGCGAAGACAAGACGUACUGCGAGAGGCAUUUCCUCGCCAUCUCCAUCGAUGUACCCGCCAGCACCGCCCAGACCGACAAACCGGCGAAAGACAACGCCUCGAAGUCGGUCCUCGUCCUCGCCUUGGAGGUCUUCAUCUACACUACGGCACACUCCAGCACCUUUUUUGUCUCAAAAGCCGAUUCGACCGGCUACCUGAAGCUGCUCAACCUGCCCAAGGGCACCCCUUCGCCCAUCAAAAAAAUCAGCAGUGUCUUCGUCUCCUACCUCGUCGAGCAGCGCAGUCGCAAGGGCAUCCAAUCCGUCGUCAGCCUCUUCGCCCGCGCUCAGGAUCAAUACCUCUUUCCCGGCAGCGCCGAGUACAGCGGCAAACAUGUCCUCGACGACAGAGGACUCGUCAAAUGGUGGUGCAAGGUUCUGGACCCCCUCCUGGAGAAGACCCCCGUGGGCAAGGGUGCACCGUGGGGUGGCGUCAAAGGAUACCUCGUGAUCCCCGGGCUCGACAGCUACGAGACGAAGGCCUUUCUGCCAAAGACCCCCAGCAGCGCCGCCAAUUGGGUGCUGGGACACGCCCUCGAGAAGAUUUCGCAUUAUACCAAGGAGUACGACUGGGUACCCGCGCGAUGCCUUAUUCCCCGCUUUCCGGACGACCCCAAGUCGCGGUUCCGAGACGAAUUGGACGAGGAGACUGGAAAGUCAAAGCAGCUCAAGACCACUGGCCAAUGGAAGAGCGUCAAGAGCUUGGAGACCUUCUGGGAGAUGAUGGCGUACAGACAGGAGUGUUCCAGUGGGCGUCUGACCGGCUUCAUAUGGGUCGUCUUUGACCCGGAGGUGGAAAAGGUCCGCCAGGACAAUGACUCGACGGCCUUGCCGACACCGAACCCUUCAUUUAGUGCUUCAAACCCGCCAGUGACUCCGAACAAACAGAAACCUGCCCGGCCGACGACACCCAUGUCUACGCCACGCAAGCUGUUCCCUCAAACAUCGCCUGGUACAUUAUCGAAGGCGAAGCUGGAAAAGCCAGAGCGGAAGAACAAGAAGAAGAAGAAGGCGAAACUAUCGGGUGUCAUCAAGCCUCGGCAACCGCGCAUCAAGACCCAACAGCGCAACUAUCUACUAGAUAAGCCCAUUUCCACCGCUUACUACUAUUGGCCGGCAGAAGGCAGAGGUCGCAAGAUUGUCGACGAGAACGAUUACAAGCGGGUCAAUGAGCUUCUGCUGCACUUGGACUUUGCAAACCUUGAUAUUGCAACCAGCAGCACCAGGCGAUGGAUCAGCGAAGUCGGCAUUGGAGACUCAUGGGGCUUAGAGGUCGUAGGCACACGGGAGACCCCGGUCCCUUCAUUAAGCCAGCCGUCAGCUGGGACCGUGAAUAAUCUAUCAGGUCUGGUCAAGCGCAAACGCCCAGAGGAGUCGCCUACUGCUGGAUCGGGUGAGCCGGCGAGCAAGGUUAAUGUCCUGAGUACGGGGCUCAUCCGAAGGAAGUCCAAAGAAGGGACCACGAGUGUCGACGCCACCAAGGCGAACGACGGAGAACCCCCGAAGGUCAACGUGCUUGGCGCUGGGUUGGUCCGCAAGAAGACGUAACGCAUGAAAUUUGUAAACUAUGGCAAUAUCAAGCCGGCCGAGGAGCCGGGGCAGCAGCAAGGCGUUGGAUUAGGAAUACCAGGGUAAACAACGGAUGGGUUGGGUUUGAUUUCCCAAGCGAGGGUUUACGAAGGAUGGGUGAAGGCUGCGGACGGCCUACCCGAAGUGGGUGUAACAAGUCGCAGUGCAACCCAAAUUGAUCAGGUCGCGCAGAUCUUUUAAUUGAAUUUCUUUUUCUUCUUAA